AUGGGGGACCAAGUGAAGGACACCGCGGAUUACAAAGGUGCACACGAAGAGAUUGGUGGUGCACCGGGGGUCUCAGCCCAAGAUAUGGUCCUGCAGAAAAUCCAGGAGCUCUCUGACUCAGAUCACCACGAUCCCUUUAUGGUGGCCGGUCUGGGCAUGCUGGCCAGCAGCCAUCAGACUUUCCUCCAAAACCUGCCACGGGCCUCUCCCUUCUACGCCUUGAAGUGCCACAGCAGCCCCUGGGUGCUGCGUGUCCUGGCCGCCCUGGGCACUGGCUUCGACUGUGCCAGCCAGGUGGAGCUGGAGCAGGUGCUGGGCCAGGGGGUGGCCCCCUCACGCAUCGUCUACGUCAACCCCUGCAAGCUCGUCUCCCACAUCCAGUACGCUGCCCGCCGGGGAGUGCUGCUGAUGACCUUUGACAGCCAGGAGGAGCUGGUCAAGGUGGCCCAACACCACCCAGGGGCCAGACUGCUCCUGCAGCUGCAGAAGGAUAGCAGGAGCAACUUCCCCCUGAGUAGCAAGUUCGGGGCCAGCCUGGAGGCAUGUGUGCACCUGCUGACAUUUGCUAAAGACCUGGGGCUGGAUGUGGUUGGAGCCAGCUUCCAAGUGGGCUCCGCCUGCCAGGCAGCCAAGAGCUACGCCCUGGCCAUCGCCGACAGCCAACACGUGUUUGAGAUGGGCCGCAGGGCCGGCCACCUCAUGGGCCUCCUGGACAUCGGAGGGGGCUUUCCCGGAGUGGAGGGCUCUGAGCCCACGUUUGAGGAGAUGGCGAGGGCCAUCAACUCAGCCCUGGCCCGAGACUUCCCCGAGGGAAGUGGAGUUGAGGUCAUCGUGGAGCCUGGCCGCUUUACUGUAGGCUCUGUUUGUCAGUAUUCACUUUCCUUGAUUGCAAAGGAGGAGUCAUUGCUCCCAGGCGGACACGGGAAGCUACUGUACUAUCUCAACGACGGCCACUAUGGUGUCUUCCGGGACCUCUUAAACCUCCCUGUGCCCAGGACGCCCACCGUGGUGAAGGAGCUCGGUUCAAAGGCGCCCCUCUUCCGCUGCACCCUCUUUGGCCCCACGUGCAACCCCUUCCACAAGCUCUUCAUGGACGACGUGCAGCUGCCUGAGCUGGAGGUGGGCGACUGGCUGGUCUUCCCUUCCAUGGGCGCCUACUCAUCCGUCAUGAGCUCCACCUUCAACGGCUUCCCACCAGCCUCUAUCUAAGCCUCUGUCUACGACGGCCUGGGCCCUGAACUCAGGUGUCUGGGAGAGAAGGAAGGGAGUCAGGCUCUGAGGGGGUCGGAGCUCGGUUCAAAGGCGCCCCUCUUCCGCUGCACCCUCUUUGGCCCCACGUGCAACCCCUUCCACAAGCUCUUCAUGGACGACGUGCAGCUGCCUGAGCUGGAGGUGGGCGACUGGCUGGUCUUCCCUUCCAUGGGCGCCUACUCAUCCGUCAUGAGCUCCACCUUCAACGGCUUCCCACCAGCCUCUAUCUAA